UGCGCGUUGCAUUGCUGGAAUUGCCGCGAAAGACAAGAGAGUAGGAGGCUGCUGGACUUGUUCACUGGCUUUUGAAGAGGAAAAGCAUGGAGUCUGUGGAUUUAGAUAUGGGUGAGAUCUUUGAGGAAGAGGAAGAUUUCCCCUCUGUGGGGCCCCUGCCGGAUCUCCCACAAGAUGAGGAGGGGGUGGAAGGAACACAGGAUGGGGAGGAGAAUGAUGAAAAUAGUGCAGAAGUGUUGUCCAGAUUGAAGGAUUUAUCAAAGGGAGCAGCCAAGAAGGUCGUCCGCAGGCCACAACCAAAGCUGGAUGCCACCAGGUUGACGGGUGAAAGAGGAAUACCUAUUUUACCAAAGGUUUUCCAAGAUGUGAAGUUCAAAGGACAAGGCCAUGAGGCCAGAGACCUGCAGAUUAUAAUGAGGUACCUGGAGCACUGGGCUCAUAGAUUGUUUCCUAAAAUGCCUUUUGAUGAAGUACUGGAGAGAAUUGAGAAAUUGGGAACAAAGAACGAAGUCAAGACUUGUAUAAAGAGAAUGCGUCUUGAUAUGCCGAUCCUGAAUGACGACUUUGUGAGAGAUGACGCUGAAGAGGAAGAAGAAGCAGGCCAGGCAUCUCAGGACCUUGACAUUGAUGCAGAGGAAGCGUGGGAGGAGAUGAUAUCGGAGGAGAGGAAGAAGCAUGCCUCACAACAGAAUGGGUCCAGUCCCCCCUCCUCCUCCUCAUCCCCUAGGGAGACCCCACGGUCUGGAAUGUUGGAGACCCAGCUCUCCCAACCCCUCUCUUCCACCCCUUCUACCUCCAAAGCCGUGAACGGCAGUGUUGGGGUAUCACAGGGUCUAACCCCAGAGCAGAGGGAGAGGUUAGAGAGAAGUCGCCAAAUGGCCAUGGAGAGGAGAGCUAAUAAACAUGCCGGGCACUCAGUCUUCAAGACUCCAGCCAUUCCCAAGUCUCCUGCACGCCGUCUAGUCUCUCAAACAGUGUCUAGUCCCUCACAUGCACCCUCCCCCAUCUUACCGUCACCCCCUAAAAUGUGCAGCCAUGGCAACAUUCCCAUCAACAAUACCGGUAACCAGCCAACCUUCCACAGCUUAGUGACUGCCAACAGUUCUCAGGACUCCUGCACUUCUGGAAAUACCUCAGGAAGUGAGGUCACAAAUGGUAGUCUUCAAAACCAUCCAAGCAGGGGAUCUGAAACAACUCAGGAUGGGGAGAUGAGUGAAGUGAUUCCAUUUGUUAAUGUAAAUAAAAUAUUAGACAAUCAGUCAAAUGGCUCAGAGAUGAGCCAGAUCAUUCCACUUUUGACAAGUCCAGCAAAGAAGUUUGGAGACAUUAAUAUAUCAUCUAGUGAUCAAAUGUCAGAAGAGGAACUCCUUCUUCAUCUCUCAGAAAGUGAUUAAUUUCAGUAAUUUCAAAUUUAAUUUUAACCAUUAAUAUGAAAGACUAGUGUACUACAUACUAUCAUUGUAAAUAAUCAUUGUUUUUAUGUCAGGACUUUUAACUGGCAGGGUAUAUUAUUAAUACUCUUUUUUUAAGUUUAGAUGUAUUUCAUGAAUUACUAUGGUAUUGAAGAU